UUCUUCCCGAGGAUCAACACGACCUUCAAUAUGAGACUCCUACUAGCAGGCGUGGUGGUGGUGGUGAUGGUGGCGCUAGUUGAAGGAGGACCACGACCAACAUUCUACAAGGGAGGUGGUGGAUAUGGUGGCGGCUAUGGUGAUGAUGGCGGCUAUGGCGGUGGCGGCUAUGGCGGUGGCGGCUAUGGCAAGGGACAUGGCAAAGGAUAUGGUAAAGGAUCUGGAAAAGGGCAUUGUGACUGUGGUGGAGGUGGAUAUGGCGGUGGACAUGGUGGCUACGGCGGUGGCGGAUAUGGCGGUGGAGGCUAUGGUGGUGGACAUGGCGGCUAUGGUGGUGGCGGAUAUGGGAAAGGUAAAGGUUACCACUAGGCCGGAGUCAUAACAAUACCCGGUUGUUUAUUGUUGAUGUUUGUUCAAUAAAGUUUUACCAAUA